UGGUGGGUGUGUCAUUUUCCAAUGUGGCCUCUCCAGUGAAAAAGCGCAUAUGCAACUUGAUCUGCUCGGACCGGGACAUUCCGGAUGUGACGCAGCGGAAGUAUCCUCGAAAAUGUAGUCAGAUUGUAGUUUCGAAAAUGCUUUACGGCACAGACACCGGCUGUAUAUAAACAGCCAGUUGCGAGGUAGUUGUUGCAUUCAUUAUGGAUCCAUCGACCCAUACGAGACCCAAGAGGCGACUGUCGGCGGAACAGAAGGAGAAUAAGAAGAAGUGGGACCGGAGUAGAGAUAGUACACGUGUGAACAUAGGGCAAGCUUUUGCGGAAUGGCGUCAAGUAAGGGAAUCCGAAGACUGCAAAACGGACGCCGACUUGGCGUUGUUGCUGUUGAAAUUUUUUAAGCGAUGGCAAACAGGAUCUACGCCGAGCAAGAAGCGCCCAAGACCACAACAACCACCGGUGUCAAGCAUCACGGAGGACUCUGACCUGUAAGUUCCUGUUAUAUCUAUACGUUUUUGUACACCCGGCCUUCAUUCGAAUGAAUUGUAAUGAAUAAAUUCACAAUCAUGGACGACCGUGUUUUACACACAGCGAAACACAGUUGACCAAGCAAGAUCUUGGUGUGCAGCCACUGGAGGAAGAGGCAACAAUUAAAGGUUUUGAAUAAGAGCAUGAAGUCCCUGGGCUGUGGUGAGGAGGAGUGCGACUCUCCAGAUGAGGGGCAGGCCAAUACCUUGCAGGACUCCAUGCAAGUAUCUCUCUGCAGUACAUCACUAUUUAAUUUACUCACACUAAACCUUUCCUUGUAUAUGACAUGUGUGUUUUUCUCACACCCAGCAUUGAGAUAGAUGAUUUCAUGCAAGACCCUGUUAAUUUGGACCUGGAUGAUGGAUGAUGAUGGAUUUGUCCCUUCUCUUUAUCUAAGGUAUGUCCCUUCUCUUUAUCUAAGGUGUAUGUUCCCUUUUACCACUAGGACUGCCUCGAAUUCAAUUAUGCAAGUACCCUGAUGCUAAAACAACAGUUUUUUGUUUUAGCAAGAAACAAUGUUGUCAUUUAUUAUGAAGUACUUGAUUAAAAUGUUCCUAUUUAUACAGGAACAUCUGUGCCAACACACUACAGCUACCUGAACUUUGUUUGGAUGAAGCAGUGCUGGACUUUGAAAUGCCAGAACCUGUUGAUGAGGAACCAGAUAAUCUUCCUGGGCAGCGUAGAGUUGUGUCUGAGGAGGACCUGGUUGGUAAAAGAGCCAAUAUCGCCUUCAAUGACAACCUCCUUACACUUGCCAACCGCUUGAGUUUGCCCAUGAAAAAGUGCAGCCACAAGGACAAACAGUCUGGAGCAUGCCCUGGUGCUCGGCCAUUUCGGAUCAAUCUCAAACCAAGAGGGACUGGUGUCAUUUUGGAAUGGGUAAGAUUGUCUCAGAGUACCAUAUUAAGCGCUAUAUAAAUGUCAUUAUUAUUAUUAUUGUUUUGUUUGUCAAUGUGAUUUUCUAUGUUGAUAACUCAUCCCCCAAAACAAUUUCACAACUGCACAUUGGAGUUGGGGGCUCUUGCCUGUAGAGGAGGUACAAUUUGUAUUUAAAUAGCCUAACCUUUUUAUAAACAGGUGUGCCCAUUUGCUUACAGAUUGUCUAGCUGUUGAUUUUAAAUGCAACUGUGACGAUGUGCAUAGAUGUGCAUAGAUGUGUCAAAGCUGUGAACAUUUGUUUGUGAUUGCAUGAAUAUCUUGUGUGAAUAACUAAUUUCUUUUCUUUAGCUGUGUCCCUUUGGACACACAGUGUGGCAGUGGAAUUCACAGCCGAUACUAAAGUUCGGCAUGCAGGGUGGUGAUUUUAUGCUGUCCAUGAACAUUCUGCUGUCCGGCAACAACUACAGAAAAGUGGCCCUCCUGUUCAAAUUCAUGAACAUGGGUAUGGUUGCAGAGGGCACACACUUCAGGCUGCAGGAUGCCUACUGCAUAGAGCCUGUGCAGGAAUACUGGGAGAAAACCAGGGCGGAAGUCAUAGAGCGCUUGCAUGAAAAGGACCAUGUUGUUGUCUUGGGUCAGUUUUCUUUUGAUUGCAUUUAUAUAUUCGUGAAAAACUAACUGUCAAAUUCAAGUGGGAAUGUCUGCUCUAAUAUUCUUUAUUUCUGUUUGCUCUAUUCACUAGGUGAUGGCAGCAUGGAUUCUCCUGGUAAGUUCGGUAAUGUAAAUUGUGUUGCUUUUGGUUAUGAGUAUUUCCACUGUUUGAAGGGUGACAAGCUGUACGUACUUUGCAGGUCAUUGUGCCCAGUUUUGCACCUACACCACUCUAGAGCAAGACUCCAGAGAUAUAGUUUACAUAGUUUCGGUUGACAAACGUGAGACUAGCCGAAAUUCUGUGAUCAUGGAGAGGGAGUGCUUUACAAGGACCAUGGAUGUGCUGCUCCAGGAACUUCCCAUUAAAGAAGUGGUCACUGAUGCCCACCCCCAGAUCUCUGCCUUGCUAAAUCCCGAGCGUGGCAAGUACAAAGAUUGGGGUAUCCAGCAUUCACUUGAUAUCUGGCAUGCUGCAAAAAGUCUGAGCAAGAGACUUUUCCGGGCUGGGUCCAAAAAGGAGAACAGUGGCCUUCUGGUGUGGACAAGGGACAUAGUCAACCAUUUUUGGUUUUGCAGCAAGAAGGCAGAAAGUGAGGAGCAGUUCAAGCUGACGUGGGUUGGUGUGCUACACCACGUUCGUAAUGAACAUGUUUGGGCCACCGGCUGUUGUGAACAUGAGCCCCUGGACGGAGACAGUAGAGAUAAGCCCUGGAUCGUACAAGGUUCUGCAUGUCACAAGGCACUGACUGCAAUCGUGCUGGAAAAUAGGUUUUUGAACCUGGUGAAGAAGUUUCUUAACUUCAGGACCACAUCAGACCUGGAGAGUUUCCAGAACCACGUCCUGAUGUACGCAGCAAAGCGCAUGGGAUACACACCCUUUGUGUACAAGACACGAACCCUUCUAGCGGCUAUUGAUUAUAACAAGCACAACCAACGUCAGGCAGCACGCAACAGGGAAGGGCACAAGAUGUACAAACGGUCGUACAACAAGAAGUCAAAGAACUGGACAGUCAGCACGAUUAAGGAAAUAAAAGAGUACAGCUAUAUAUGGGAGAUACAGACAGCCAUCCUGUCCCGUAGGAUAGCAAGUGGAACUGGCCUGCCCCGAACCGUGACGAUGAGGGCUGGUGACCCAAGGCGGCUCGGCCUGCUUGCCCCUGUUCAGCCACCGCCCACAUCCGAGCUAGUGAGGGUGCAACUAGCACGAGGAAACAUCUUUCCAGAAAACCCACCAGAGGAUGCCACCCAAUAGCCACGCCACUUAUUCCGUGCUCUUUUUUGUGUCUUUCAUUGAACAAAUAUAACAAACUAAAGAUACAUAUAACAAAUUCUUUGAAAUUUAGAUAAAAAAAUAGGUGUUGCGCACAUCCAAAGGUAAUCUCCAGGUGGUAGACAAUUGUAUUAGGUUUGUUAUUUUCAGCUACAGAUGUAAAUUGAUUUACUUUAUAAAGUAACAUUGAGGUGUAUAAACUGCAGUCGUAUAAAAAAAGGCGGAAACAUUUUAAAACGAUAUACAAAGAUUUUUAUUUACAAUGGCUAAACAUCUAAUCGUCUAACUCUGAAGCCCGUGU